UUCCUGCAGCGCGGCGCGGCCGCCGCUUCCUGCUCCUCCCCGCGGCGGGGCGGCUCGGCUCGGCACGGCCGGGGUUGACCUGGCGGCCCGUUCAAACUCGGAGGCAGGGGGGCGAAGCCUGGGGGCGCCUCCUGGCCCUCGCCGUGCGCGGAGUGAAGUACAAUAUAAAAUGGAAACAUUGUUUUCAUGCCUCUGAGGCAACAAGAAUAAACCUAUAACUAACUCAGGACUAUGGUGAUGACCAUUCAGCUGUAAAGAGCGAAGGAAAACUGAGAAACAAAGUGUCCAGGUGAAGUUGCAGGUGUUGCUAACUCCAGGUGAAGAAUAGUCACCCAAGAAGCUAAUAAGGCAAUAAGAUGACAUCUCUACCAAGGAGGGUGAAAUCUCAAUCCAAAACCCUUAUAUCAGAAGAUGAUGAACUAUCUCCAUUUCUUAAUUCGAGCUCUGAAUCAGAAGAAGAGGAGUGGGAGCCAAAAACCAAAGUUGCCAAGAGACCUCGGUUGACAAAGAAAAAUGAUGCAAAACCUAAAAAACCUGCUGCUCCACGGUCAGCUGUGGCCAGGAAAAAGGUCAAGAAGACAGCAAUAAAAAAAGAAUUGGAUGUAUCCUUGACUGUUGCUCCUGCAGAAGAUAAUAGGGUGCAACUUCUGAAACCUAAGCAAGAUGUAGGCACUGAAUUGAAAACUUUAAAUCAAAUGCCAGUAGUGCCUAAAAAAAUGGAAGCAAAUUCAUUCCAAGGGACGAAUGUAAAGAGUUCAGAGAGUGAUGAAAAACCUUCAACAAGUGCUCCUAUAGUGGGAAAUCAAGUGAAACAUGAGAAAUCUGAGGAGGAUUUUGCGUUUGAUGAACCACCUUUUAAAAAGAUUAAAUCGACUACAUCUCCUGAAGGAAAGCCAGUAAAAAAUCUAGGAGGCAACAAAGUAAAAGAAGAAUUUGAAAUGAACUGGGAUAUUGUACAGGUUUUAUCAGAAAGAACAAAUGUUGAGCCAUGGGUAUGUGCAAACUUAAUUCGCCUCUUUCAAGAAGAAAACACAAUUCCUUUUAUUGCUCGAUAUCGAAAAGAGCUCAUCAAUAAUCUGGAGGCUGAUGCCUUGCGAGAAGUGCAGCAAACAUUGGAAGAGCUACGUUCUGUUGCAAAGAAGACGCAUACAAUGAUACAGAAAUUGAAGAAAGAGGGGAAACUAUCAGGAUGUCUAUUCACAGCAUUAUUAAACUGCAGAACUUUUGAAGAAUUGGACCAUGUGUCUGCACCUUAUAAAACUGGGAGUAAAGGUACCAAAGCCCAGAGGGCCAAGCAGCUGGGAUUAGAACCUGCAGCUCUUUCUCUCCUGCAGAAUCCUAUGGAACUUAAUCUCUUUUCUUACAUUAGACCCAAUGUCAAAGGACUUGCAAAUAUCCAGGAAGUAGAGGCUGGAGUACAGCAUAUUCUAGCUGAUAUCUUUGCUAAGGAUAAAGAUACCCUGGACUUUAUCAGGAAAUUAUGUCAGCAAAGAUACAUUUGUAUCCAGUCAGCCUUGGCAAAAGUGUCAUCCAAAAACGGAAAUGAAAAAGAUAUUGAUAAAUUCCAGCUAUACCAUGAGUUUUCUUGUAAUAUAAAAAAUAUUCAGCAUCAUCAGAUUCUGGCCAUUAACCGAGGGGAAAAUCUGAAGAUCCUGACAGUGAAGGUCAACAUUCCUGACGGGGUGAAGAAUGAAUUCUGUUGGUGGUGUGUCAAUGAAAGAUGGAGACCAAAACAAUUUUUAAAACCAGAAUUAAUGAGGAUACUACGAAACUCAGUAGAGGAUGCAUAUAAACGCCUUAUAUAUCCUCUCCUCUGUAGAGAAUUCAGAUCAAAGUUGACAUCUGAUGCAGAGAAAGAGUCUGUGAUGAUGUUUGGGAGAAAUCUUCGGCAGUUGCUUCUGACCAGCCCUGUGAGGGGUCGUACUUUGAUGGGAGUAGAUCCUGGCUACAAGCAUGGCUGCAAGUUGGCUAUUAUUUCACCAACCAGUCAGAUACUCCAUACUGAUAUUGUCUACUUGCAUUCUGGUCAAGGAUUUCGGGAAGCUGAGAAGAUAAAGAGGCUUUUACUACAGUUCAACUGUAGCACUGUUGUGAUUGGCAAUGGCACGGCCUGCAGAGAAACAGAAGCUUACUUUGCUGAUUUAAUUAUGAAGAAAUACUUUGCACCAUUGGAUGUUGUUUACUGCAUUGUCAGUGAAGCAGGAGCAUCUAUCUACAGUGUGAGUCCAGAAGCAUCAAAGGAAAUGCCAGACCUAGACCCUAACCUUAGAAGUGCAGUUUCCAUAGCUAGACGUGUACAAGACCCAUUAGCUGAGCUAGUGAAAAUUGAGCCCAAACACAUAGGAGUUGGAAUGUAUCAGCAUGAUGUAUCGCAGACUUUGCUCAAAGCAACUCUGGACAGUGUGGUUGAAGAGUGUGUCAGCUUUGUAGGAGUUGAUAUUAACAUCUGCUCAGAAAUACUAUUAAGACAUAUUGCAGGACUGAAUGCUAACAGAGCUAGAAAUAUAAUUGAAUGGCGAGAGAAGAAUGGACCAUUUAUAAAUCGAGAACAGCUCAAGGAAGUUAAAGGUCUGGGCCCCAAAACUUUCCAACAGUGUGCUGGCUUCAUCAGAUUCAAUCAAGACUAUAUAAAGACUUUCUGCAGUAGUAAGAAAACUCAACUUGGAAGUCAUGCACUUUUGACUAAAGCAGGUGCACAAGCCACCAGCGAGAAACAAGGUAAAAAGAAGAGCAAACCAACUCCAAGCUUCUCACAGCAGCCCAAUCCUUUGGACCAAACUUGUAUCCAUCCAGAGUCUUACAACAUAGCAAUGAGGUUUUUAUCUUUCAUUGGAGGCAACCCAAAUGACAUAGGAAAAUCAGAUAUGCAGCAAAAAGUAAAUGCAGUAAUUCAAAAGGAAGGAUUGGAAGAGACAGCGAAAAGGCUAAAUACAACAGUGCAUACGCUACAGCUAAUCAUCGAUGGUCUGACUCAGCCUGAAGGCUUUGACAUCCGUACAGAUUUUGAUAAACCUGACUUCAAGAGAAGCAUAGUCUGCUUUGAAGACUUAAGUGUUGGUACUGUGCUGACUGGAAAAGUUGAAAAUGCAACACCAUUUGGAGUUUUUGUUGAUAUUGGUGUGGGAAAAGCAGGUUUGAUUCCAGUGCGAAACAUAACAGAAGCUAAACUUUCGAAAGUAAAAAAGAGAAGAAGCCUUGGGUUAGGUCCUGGAGAAAGAGUGGAAGUAAAAGUGCUUAAUGUUGAUAUUCCUCGAUUAAGGAUAACGUUGGAUCUUAUUCGUGUUUUAUGAGAGUUUUUUUUUUUUUUUUUUUUUUUUUAGGAUUGAGUCUUCGUUUUAAAGGUUAAGUAAUGAUAGCAAGGUUCUAGAGAUUCAGGCGUUUAUUGAAAUGAAUGUUGAGACUGGAUCAGUUUUGAAACUUUUUUUAUCUAACAGUUUUUCCACAUUUCUCGAAUCCUUUCUGUUAAUAAUUGCUAGAACGGUUUAUUGGAUUACCUCCAAGGAACCUUGUUAUUUUGUCUGCAGAAAAAAUGAAAUUCCAGUGGGCUGUCGGACAAAUCUGUUAUCUGUUCUGUCUGUGCAAGAUUUGCCGUCUCGAAAGAUACCUCUGCUGCUCCCCUUCAAAAAAAAGGAAAAAACAGUGGUUUAGUUUACCUUAUUUCUGAAAGAAAAUAUGGAAGAGGGUACCUCGUUGUAGAAAAGUGAUCUUUUUAAGUUAGUUGGUGAUGACAUCAAUUCUAAAGUAGACCAUCUGCUAAUACUGUUGAUGGUUCAGAAAUAUCCUGCUUAAUUUGAGCAAUGUUAUUAGGGGGUCUGUUUUCCUCCAAUUGUUCAGUUACCAUAUUGAUUAACACACUUGGAUGUACCUUAGGGUUCAAGAAACUUUGCUCAAAGGUGUCAAAAGACAUUUUUGUUGUUCUAUACUUGUACAAAAUAAAAAUGUUUCUGGCCAUCA